AGAAGAAGCGGAACGAUUCGUCUUCGCCCAUGACACCGGAAGCUCAACCUUAACAUCCGGGCUGGACGUCUCUUGUCUGUUUAUGUUUUGUUGGGAAGUUUUUAUUUUACAUUGUUUAACUGUCAAAGACGCAGUCAAGUGGCUUCACACUGAAAACCGCGACACGGCUUAAUAUUUGUUUUUAAAAACUCAAAACGCGACAAAACUGGCCCCUCCACUGCCUGUCACCAUGCCCGCAUUGCUGGAGAGACCUAAGCUGUCCAAUGCGAUGGCCAGAGCCCUCCACAAACACAUCAUGAGGGAGAGAGAGCGCAAGAGACAAGAGGAGGAAGAGGUGGACAAAAUGAUGGAGCAGAAGAUGAAGGAGGAGGAAGAAAGGAAGAGGACCAAAGAAAUAGAGGAGAGGAUGUCUCUGGAGGAAACCAAAGAACAGGUGAUGAAGAUGGGUGAGAAACUUCAGGGAUUGCAAGAAGAGAAACACCAGCUGUUUUUACAGCUCAAGAAAGUUCUUCAUGAAGAAGAAAAGAGACGCAGAAAGGAGCAGAGUGAUAUCACAACACUGACCUCAGCCAGCUACCAAUCCAGUCUGCCCAUGCAUGCAGGGCAGCACCUCCUCAACAUUCAAGGCAGUCCGGUCAGCCACAGUCGACCUGGUGCUCUACUUGGAGAACGAAGCAAACAGCUGUUCCCUGCUGCUGUGAUUCCAACACGUCACUAUCAGACACCUGGCUUCAGCUCAGCCUCUGCAGACCACGGCCAGUUCAGUGGGGGUCAGGGAGUUCAUGAGCCCUAUGGGGUGGCUCAGUCCCAGCAUCCUUCCUCCUACGCCCCUGGACCCUCUGUACCUGUCAGUUUUGCGAGCAGCUCUCAAAUUCGAGGUGCCUCUGCCUUUCAAGCCAUGCAGUAUCUCCCCCACCAGCAGCCCGGCUACCCCGUCCACAGUCACUUCACCUCCCAGCCCGGAUACAUUCCUGGAGCAGGAAUACCACUGCAGAAGCAGCUGGAACAUGCCAACCAACAGUCAGGCUUCACUGACGCUGGAGCUUUGAGGCCUAUACAUCCACCAGCCAUGCAUCCUUCUGCUCCAGGAUUAUUGCCCACACCGUCAAUGGCCGUCCAGAUUCCCACCGCCAAGGCUCCGUUCCAGAGCUCUCCACAGAGCGCUCCUCGCCAUGGCUUUCUGUCCCACAGUCAGAGCAGCCAGAGGUUCUAUCACCACAGCAAGUAACUCACCGCUCACUCUGAUCAUCGCCAUGGUUGCACAACUUCUCUCUUCAUCUGGGAAAAAAAACAUGGCGAGUAACUACUCAUCGGCUUCCUCAAAGAGAGACAUCAGUUUGGAUUAUGCCACAUGAUGUUUGUUUUAUUUCCUGUAUAGAAUCUGGUUUUUAAGUUGUGUUUUGAUUAUGUUCAUAAGUGAGGAGCAGAGCUCAUGUUUCUGUGCUUCAGUAAACAUUCAGCCUUGACAUGACUUCAAAUGUUAAUUUGUAAGAUCUGAUAAUCAAACCUUCACUCUAAAGUCAUUCAGUAGGUGCUUUUGUGCCCUAUAAUAUUAAUAAUCGAGCUGCAUGAACCAGCGUUUACUCUUUGUAAAGUAACAGCUUAGUAAUGACACCAAGGCUGUUCAUGCAAAUAAAUCUGCUAACCCAUCACAUUGAACUGAAAAACAAAACAUUUUUUUAUUUGUUAUAGUUUAUAAUGUUGUUUUAAAGCUUUUAUGUUGCUAAAUAAAACGAUAAGGAAACGCCACGCCCAACAGUUUGUGUCAUAUCUUAUUUAUUGGUUUGUUUUCUCUUUUUUUUUGUCAUGGAGACAUUCUGCACAGUUUGGACUUGCUGCUGUGAACACAAAGUAAGGAUUACCAAGCUGCCACAACUUGUCUGCCUCCUGAUUCCUCACUUAUGUUUUUAAAGGUAUGCCAGCUCUGUGUGAAGGCCCAAUCUGAGUUUGUUUCUAUAACAACGAAUGACAUCCGAUUGAGGCGUGGCUGAACGAAGGAGAAGGAGAAGCAGGGUUUUACUCUUCAAGACAAAACAAGAACUCUAGUGUGCCUUGUUGGUAACCUUUGUUUAAUAGGCAAGUUUCAAUUGAUGAAACAAACAGCAGGAGAACAGACUCGUUCAGAUACAAUGCCAAAGAAAAUGAGCGUACAGGAAAGACAAAACUUAGUCAUGUCUUCAGUCCUGUACGGCACACGCACGCUGAACAAGCCUCAACAGAACAAAGCAGGUUUGGAGUUGAAGCCCUUGAUAAAACAAAAUAGCUGACACCAGACAUUAUCGCCGCCUUUCGUUCCCCUGAUUGUAGGUAGCUACUGAAUAUUUGUAGACCUACUCAGUCAUUAGUGAGAGACCUUCACCUACAUUUCUACAUCUGCACAUCCGAGCUUAGAUGUGGUUUUACUAUGUGAAUAGAUGUCAAGGUUGGUUUGUUUUUUCAGUCAAACAUUCCAAUUAAUUGAACCCAAAGAGUGAGGGAGAGAGUAUGAAAACCAAAGACGAAAAGAAAGAAAAAAGAGGGAGAAAAGCAUUGACGAGGCAAUAUCCCCUCCUCUUUUCCCCAGGUCCAGUGCAUCUUGUUUGCCCUGAAACAGAAUUGCAUGGGAGGGAAGAGAAGAGAAGGGAAGGGAAGAGAGGAGAGGAGAGGAGAGGAGAAGAGAAGAGAAGAGAAGAGAAGAGAAGGGGAAGAAAAGUCAGAAACCAGAGGAAGGAAGAGAGAAAUAAACACCACAGAAACAUUUUAAUGAAGGAGUAGGAGUUUUUAACUUGCCCCAUGCAGAGGGGGGAACAUUGCAUAUACAUCAACUUUAAACAUAUAUUCAUGUGGACACUUGAUUCUACAGCCCACAGUUUAUAGGUGAGAAAGUGCAUCAAAACAGUUUGACCCGACAAUUACAACAAUGCUACAAGCUGUUUCUUAGAGGGAAAGACAGGAAGCAGAUCAGGCUGUAAAAGUGUAAAAAAAAAGUGCAAUCCACAGAAAGAAAAAGGAGAAAAAAAAAAGCUCAAAAAUACAUUAUGAACUUUUAAGCUUUCGUUAAUAUCAGAUAGUGCCAAAAAAAGA